AGGGCUUUUCCAGGGCAGGGAUGUCCGAAUCCAGGAGCACAUCUUGCUGACCCUCCAGCCGCUCGAUGGGGAUUCACAGAAGACCGCCUGUGUGUGUCAGCUCCCCACCUCUCUGUAGCAAGAGAAGUGACCGCGGUGCUUCCACAGUCACGAUGAUGAAACUGGUACUAACUGAGUGGCCCUUAUGGAUUUUUAACUCUAACUCACAGUGAGCCAGCAAGCCAUAUGUUUACAGUCCAACCAAAAAUCUUCUGUGUUGCUGCACGUCUCGUGCGAGAAGUUGAGACGCCUGUUUGUACAAAGAGGAAUACAAUUGUUAUUUGCCGAGGAAUGCACCUGCAACAGAAAGAGAAGACAUCUUAAUUUAUCACUGAAGAGAUAUGAUGGUAUUAUUUAUAUAGAUAGAAUAAAUAUAUAUUAUAUAUAUACAUAUAUAUUUUUUUGGUGGUAAUGAAAAUGGCUCCGCAGAAUGCCGACUCAGAAUCUAUGCAAGUCCAAGAGCUACCCGUGUCCCUGCCGGACCCCCAGAAACCCAGAGACCCAGAGGCUGAGACCCAUGAGGAAACCAUCAGCGAGGGAUCCAUAGACAGAAUCCCCACUCGCUUAUGGGUCAUGCACGGGGCAGUGAUGUUCGGCAGGGAGUUCUGUUAUGCCAUGGAAACGGCGUUGGUCACGCCGGUACUGUUACAGUUAGGCCUCCCGGAGCAGUACUACAGCCUCACCUGGUUCCUGAGCCCCGUCCUCGGCCUCAUCUUCACGCCGCUCAUCGGCUCUGCGAGUGACCGCUGCACCCUGAGCUGGGGCCGCCGGCGGCCCUUCAUCCUGGCACUGUGUGUGGGCGUCCUGGUCGGUGCCGCACUUUUCCUCAACGGCUCUGCCAUAGGUCUGGCCCUCGGUGAUGUCCCUAACCGGCAGUCCAUUGGCAUCAUCCUCACGGUGCUGGGUGUGGUGAUCCUGGAUUUCAGUGCCGAUGCAACCGAGGGGCCCAUCCGUGCCUACCUGCUAGACGUGGUGGACAGCGAUGAACAAGACAUGGCCCUCAACAUCCAUGCUUUCUCUGCAGGCCUUGGCGGGGCCAUUGGCUACGUGCUGGGUGGGCUGGACUGGACGCAUACCUUCCUGGGUGACUGGUUCCAGACACAGAACCAGGUGCUGUUCUUCUUCGCUGCCAUCAUCUUCUCGGUGUCUGUGGUCCUGCACCUCUUCAGCAUCGAGGAGGAGCAGUACAACCCGCAGCAGGACCGCAGCCCCGAGGAGUGUGCCCUGUCCAGCACCGGUGCCCAACUUGGUGCCCCAGCCCCCGCCCCCCGUCCCAGCUCCCUUGGUGGAGGUGUGCAAGACGGCAGCCCCCCGUUCCCAGACGAGGUGCAGUCGGAGCAUGAGCUGGCCCUGGACUACCUCGAUGUGGACAUCGUGCGCAGCAAGAGCGACUCGGUGCUGCACAUGCCUGAUGCCACUCUGGACAUGGAGCCCGAGCUGCUCUUCCUGCACGACAUCGAACCCUCCAUCUUCCACGACGCCUCCUACCCCAGCACUCCCCGGAGCACGAGCCAGGAGUUCCUGAGGACCAAGCUGCCCCGCCUGUCCACUUUCCUCAGGGAGUCUGCCAAGGAGGACGACACCUUGCUUGAUAAUCACUUGAAUGAAGCUAAAGUCCCAAACGGGAGUGGCUCCCCGCCGAGGGACUCCCUCAGCACCCGCUCCAAGGUGGACCUGAAGUCCUCAGCCACAUCGGGGUCCAUGAGACGGCGCAGGCACACGUUCUACCGGCAGUCCUCUAGCACCUUCUCCUACUAUGGCAAGGUUGGGUCCCACUGCUACCGCUACCGCCGGGCCAACGCAGUGGUCCUGAUCAAGCCGUCGCGCAGCAUGAGCGACCUGUAUGACCUGCAGCAGCGCCAGCGCCAGCGCUCCCGGCACCGGAACCAGAGUGGGGCCACUACCUCCAGCGGGGACACAGAGAGUGAGGAGGGUGAGACAGAGACCACCGUGCACCUGCUGUGGCUGUCCAUGCUGAAGAUGCCCAAGGAGCUGGUGCGGCUCUGCCUCUGCCACCUGCUCACUUGGUUCUCAGUCAUCGCUGAGGCCGUCUUCUAUACCGACUUCAUGGGCCAGGUUAUCUUCAAAGGGAAUCCCAAGGCCCCUUCCAACUCCACUGCCUGGCACGCCUACAACGCUGGUGUGAAGAUGGGCUGCUGGGGCCUGGUCAUUUACGCUGCUACUGGUGCUAUCUGCUCAGCCCUGCUACAGAAGUACCUGGACAACUACGACCUGAGCAUCAGAGUCAUCUAUGUGCUGGGGACGCUGGGCUUCUCCGUGGGCACCGCUGUAAUGGCCAUGUUUCACAACGUCUAUGUGGCCAUGGUGACCAUCAGCACCAUGGGCAUUGUGUCCAUGAGCAUCUCCUACUGCCCCUACGCCCUGCUGGGGCACUACCACGACAUCAAGGAGUAUGUCCACCACAGUCCAGGGAACUCCAAGCGUGGGUUUGGCAUUGACUGCGCCAUCCUGUCCUGCCAGGUCUACAUCUCCCAGAUCCUGGUGGCAUCUGCCCUUGGGGGUGUGGUCGAUGUGGGGACUGUCAGUGUCAUCCCCAUGGUGGCCUCCGUGGGCUCCUUCCUGGGCUUCCUGACAGCCACAUUCCUGGUGAUCUACCCUGACGAGUCCGAGGAGGCCAAGGAGGAGCAGAAAAGCCUGUCUGCGCGGCCUGCCGCUGAAGGCAGCACAGCCGGCGAGAAGCCCACCAUGCUGAAACUGUCUCGGAAGGAGGGCCUUCGAGCAGUGGAGACGGAGUCCAUGGUCUGAGCCCCAGCCGACACAUUCCACUCGGGAGGGUGGGGUGGAACAGGGUGGCUGUUCUUGCUGACGCUGCGUGAGCCAGAGUUCUUUCGCAGAGCGCAGUCUGCAUCCAGUAGGUGUCAGGUAUAGGGUAGAUUUGAGCUACUAGGCAAAAGUAUCACACUAAUUACCUUUCCCACAAUUAAAAAAAAUCAUUUGAAAUCUUUUUUUAAUUGAAAAAAAUUGUAAUUUCAGCUGUCCUUUAUUCUGCAGGUUUAUUCUGCAUGUGUUAAACUGUGAAACAUUUACAGUCAAUAAGCAACUUAGGAAAAGUAAUAUUCUGCAUUUCUAAAAUUGUAAUUGAAAGUGCAGAAACUGAUGCUUUUGGCAUAUCUCUCUGAAGGCGUCAGUAGCAGUGCAGUGACCAAACUCCCCGCCAGGUGUCCCUGAGGCCCACAGAUGCGGGGUGGCCUGCCGCCCGCGGAGCCUCUCGCUGACACUGCAGUGCCUGGAGGGUGUUUUCCUCUAUUAUUUUAGAAAAGUGUUUUCUUUUUCACAGCUGGUUUUCAUAGAACAGCAACUCUUCUUUUCUCCAAGAGUUUGACAAAAUGUGCCCGCAGCCCUGUGCACAGACGUCAGUGCCCGAGGCCACACGACCAAAGCUGGUGGGGGGAGGGAGGUCCCAGAGAUGAACAUUCCUAGGGCAGCCUCCAGACAGCCUGCCCAGGGACAGGGCACCAGCCAGGGGCUGAGUGUGAACUCUGCAUGCUUCCUGCUCAUGAGUGUGUCUAGGCCCCACCCAGACCUCCCCAGAAGGGACCGGAGGGUAGCCGCUGGCUCCACCUGACUGCAGUUGUCUCCAUAGUGGGCGGGGAACCCGGGCGCAGGCUACCUCAAGUGCAUGGGGAACCGUGGCCUCAGAGCAGGGCAAAUGAGGGUGCCAAGGCCUACCUCCCUGUCACAUUGGUGAUGUCCUCGCUGGAACCCAACUACAAUUGCAUGACCUCCUCACUUGCCCCUGCCUCCGGUCACUGGAAUGGAAAUAAGGCAGAGAAACGAGUCUGGGCAGGGGGGCUGGUGACCCCGGAGCCUGGCAGUUUCUGGUUUCAGCAGAUGCAGAACUCGGUCGCCAGGGGGGCACGCUCAGCAAAUGCUGUACCUGUAUGGAAAUGCUUUUCAGCCAAUCUCUGUUACAGACUAUACAGCCUCCGCUCCCCGUGUGAAACGGGUAGUCUGUGCUCAGGAGCAAGGCCCUCUCUAGGCUGCCCAGAUGAAGUCAGGCCUGUCAUACCCCAGCUGCCUCAAGUCGGUGUUUUUUAAAUACAGUACUUCAAAGUGCAUGAGAAUCAUGCUGCAAUAUGAUCAUUCUAAAGCAAAUAUAUAGGCAUAUAUAUUUCAAGAUGGAAGUAAGCGGUUUUUAAAUUACUUGAAUUUUCUGUGUAUUCAAAGGAAUGCUAUGUUCAGCAUCCUCAGCAGGCCUCUGUCUUGCCACGUCUUCUGGGCUGUUGGCGCUUUGUAGUUUGUUUUGUGUCUGAGGAGCAGAAGCAUGUGCUCAGGGUGCGAGGGAAGGCGUGGGUCCUCCAAGUCCAGGCUGCAGAAGACUGACUCCACUUCCUGGCAUUUGCUGCAUUGACAGUUGACAACAGCCUUGCAAAUCUGUUCAGACAGAAGUCCGACUACUGAGAGCACAGUCCACAUGCUGAGCCCUUCUGCCAGCCGAGCCCCAUCAGCUGGACACUCUGUCCCUUGUCUCAGGGAAGCAGGCACCUCUGGGCUCCUGUCCUCGGCCAGGGUCCUUGGCAGUCACUCCUAUGCCACUUUGCUUUCUUUGGUGGCUUUGCGAUGGCAGCCCCUCCCUCCUGAGACUUGUACCACUCAUUAAGGACGACAGCCUCUGUCUUCAGCACCUGCUUCUCCACCUCACCACUGGAUGACAGAGACAGGAGCACAGGGGACACCGAGGGGGCAGGACCUUGCCCCAUCCAAGAUCUGGAGCAGUCACACCAAGUGACGGGUCCUGUGUGGAGACCCACAUGCUACCUGAGAAAACCACCGAAGGCUCGGGGCCUAGACCUUUCAAGCCAGGAGGUUCAGGGUCUGUCUAGCUGAGGCCAGACCAAGAGGAAGAGGGUCUUGGGACCAUCACAUGCAGUGUGUUAGCCUCCACUCACCAUGAUUGGAAACAGCACAGAAGACACAUGUUCAUGGCACAGGCCUUGUCAGAGCCCCUGGGAGAAUUGUUGCCCUAGAAGAGAAGCCAGCCAGAGGCAUGGCGGUACUUGGUGGUGUCAGAACUGGCUGCACAUCCAGUAGUUUUUAAGGCCUCAGCUGUCAGAUACUUGCAUCCAAAGCCUGCCUGCCUGUGGGUCUGGUCAGCAUGUAGACCCUUAGCUGAGAUCCAAAGGUAGUAGCAGAGUUGGUCUCUGGACUGUUACUGGAGAUAAAUGUGGUGACCCCUAGGCCCCAAGGCGGGUGUGGUCACAUCUGGGGUAGACAGAGUAGCCUUUCCCUUGAUGGGAGGUUAUUGUAAGAUGACACCAAACAAAACUGCUGGGGCGACCACUCACAUCUGAGAAGCCAGGGAGGAGGACUGGCUCUGCACAGCACCCCAGCACUGCAGCUUAUGUUGCUGACUGGCCAGGCUGUUAGGUUUUCUGGCCUGCUCCCUCUGAUCAGCAGUGAUGGGUGGAGGGAUCCCCAAGAGAGGGAGCCUGAGCAGCUCUUCUGUGGCCUGUGAACUUGAGGGGCCCACUGUGGUGGUCCAGACCCGGGGGACUGGCAGGGUCAUGCAGCUGCCCACUUGUGUCCAGUGAGAAAGCUGUGACAUGGUGUUAGCUUGGUAGCACUCUGGGGCCUGGGCUGUCUGUGAGCACCAUGUAGGGUGCUAGUAGGGGUUCCUCUGGUCCAAGAGCAUAGAGUGUAUGCGUACAUACGCUAGCAGAAGAGAGCAGCGAUGGCCAGAGCUCUGCUUUUGCCGCCUAUAAGUCAUCUGGGUUAGUUGUGUAAAGGGCAUGGCCGAAGUUUGCACAGAAGUGUGAGCUGGUAGGAAGGGCUCACACCCCAGCUGGUGGCAGACCAGCAUGGCAGUGCUCCCUGGUGUCUAGAAACCUGGCUGUGGGGUAUCCCCUUUUUCUCAGCCUAAGGUCUCAAGUGUAACAUCCAAGCCCACUGACAGGUCCACAGCCCUCAGACUCCCACCUUUGAAAGCCUCAGGGGCUUCAUGAGGACUGCUAGUCAUGUCACUCAGGGGAGGGGGAAGGCAGACCCUUGGCAGCCUCCUGGUUGAUAGCCUCUUGUAUCCUCAAGGAGUAUGUAGAAGGUACUGUGGGGACACACUCAGCAACACCAAGGUCAUAGCAACCAGGAUACCUGCUCUCCAGCCUCCCUGGUGGCACUGGCCUCUGUACCACAUGGAGGAAGUAGCAUGUGGUCAGUGGUCUGCAGCAGCCACAGCCAUGACCGCACAUGCCACAGACCAGUUUUGUAAAACACCAUCUAUUGCUGUUGACACUCCCCACCUGGGAUAUAUCUAAACGCCACUGUUCCCAGUUGUCGCCAAAAAGGGGCUCACCUAUCCACCACAGCCAGCAAGCUUCUGAGACCUGACAUUGUCCUGCUUCCGAGUGCCUGGGGACUCUCCCCAGUAUACCCUGGCCAUGCUGUCAGUUCAGUUCCAGGCUGAGCUGCCUCUUGAACAUGUAGCUCUUGUCAUCUGGGAAGCCGCUGUCAACCAUCGUGGCUGGAACCCUAGCUUUGAGAUGGGCCCUCGGCCAGCAACCCUUGGGCCUCCCGGAGAGCUAAACAUCCCAGGCAGUCUGGCUGCCUCCUGGGCUGUGCAGGGUCCUGUGCUGGACUUGUGGUGGAACACAGUUAUUAGAAAGGCCUCAGCACGGGGGAGCUCCCCAGGCACUCGGAACAAAACUAUUUAGUUCCUUUGUGAACUGGACACAGGACAACUUUAUCAACUUAUUAAGUUGGAGCACUGUAAUAGAUAGCUCUUGCUGAUUUUAGCAACGGUUAAGUGUGUGUUAAACACACGGUGUUACAUUUUAUGAGGAAAACAGAUUAUAAAGAAGAGUACUGUCACACAUGACUUCAUUUUUUAUUAGGUGGGUGUUUAUGUCUGUUUACCCAGAGCCCUUGGGCUUUGUCUGUUCUGUCACAUGCCAGGCCAUGGUGUCACUGCACCCUGUGCAGGCUUCGGUGUCUGUGACCUGACUCCUUCCCGUCAAGUCGGUGCCUCCCCUGCCUCUACUGCUCUGUUAUGCUGUGGUUGACUCAAUAAACAUUAUCCUUACAGA